UGCUGUUUACGCUGGCUAACUUCACGCAGUUUAAAAGUUAGGUAUGGGUACGUGGUAGAAAACCAAGUUUGUUUUUUUUCUUACGUAGUCGUUAGCUACAAACUUUAAAAAGCCGAGAGGUGUUGAACAGAGUCGCCGGACACACACUAUGGUUCCUCGCAGGCAGGACUACGGGAUGAAAAGGACCGGAGGGGCGCGGAGCAGUUCGGUUAUAAACUUUAGGACAACGGUGAACUCGGGCUCCGUCCGCCGCAGCUCCGCCGUGCUGCCGUCGGUGCUAACGUUCCUGGUGAUCGUAGCAUCCGGAGGCCUGCUGCUUAUGAUAGAGAAAGGAAUGCUGAACAGCAUGGGUACGCCUCCACCCCGAGGUAACGGCAAGCGGCUGGACUUCAUCCGACAGGCUGGGAGACACAGCUCGGCAGCUGUGGACGUGGAGUCCCAGAUCCUCCAGGAGAUCCGUAACCGGACCAUCAGGACCGUGUGCAGCCAGAAGAACAUGCCGCACAGCAUUUGGUCUCUGAGCCCCCCGCAGAGGAAGACGCUGCUGCAGCACAUCCUGGUGAAUGACAAGUACCACUUCCUCUACUGCUACGUCCCCAAAGUGGCCUGCUCCAACUGGAAGAGGGUUCUGAAGGUCCUGAGCGGAGCGCUGGAGAGUGUGGACGUCAACAUCAAGAUGGACCACCGCAGCGACCUGCUCUUUUUGUCCUCACUGAAACCAGAGGAGAUCCGCUACCGUCUCAAGCACUACUUCAAAUUCAUGUUUGUGCGGGAGCCUAUGGAGCGCCUGCUUUCUGCGUACAGGAACAAGUUUGGAGAGAUUGAGUCUUACCAGAAAAAGUACGGUGUUGAGAUCAUAAAGCGGUACAGAAAAGGUCGCGCUAAGGAUGCGUCUGUAACAGGAGACGAUGUGACCUUUGCAGAGUUUGUCCGUUACUUGCUGGAUGAGGAUGUGGAGCGUAUGAAUGAGCACUGGAUGCCAGUGUACAACCUGUGCCAACCCUGCGCCGUGUCUUAUGACUUCAUUGGCUCCUAUGAGCGCCUGGAAGGCGAUGCGGAGUUUGUGCUCCAGCGCAUCGGAGCACCUCCUUACGUUCACUUCCCAGAGAGGCAAACGUGGUACAAGCCGGUCACUACGGAGACGUUACACUAUUACCUGUGCAGCUUACCGCAGAAGUUACUGAGGGAACUCCUGCCCAAAUACAUUUUAGACUUUUCCCUCUUCACUUACCCACUCCCCAACACAACCACUGAACACUGUCGACAUUAAGUGUGCAAUGUCUUAUAGUCUGGAGAUUAUUUUUUAUAGAGAAUCAUUGGGAUUAUUUUUAUGCCUAGGGAACAUUGAAGCUGUUACGCAUUUUUUUUACUUGAGAUGUCGUCACAUCAUUGCAAAACGCUGAUAAUCGGAGGAGGUGAAGACUUCAGAACCACUAAAGCUUGAAAUCAGCUGCAGACAAAGGAAACGGUUAUUGAACUGUAUGUUACAUGCACUGUCACAGUAAAUUAAUCAGUUCACUAUACAUUGAUGCAACUGUAAAUAAGAUUGCAAGACCAAAUUUUGUAUUUUGCUUGUUUCUUCAUGUAGACAUUGGAGAAGAUAAAGGGGUUAAUGGCCUCAGUGGCCAUUCAGUGGUUUAGCAGGCUAAAACACACACCAUGUACUCAGAGGGUUGUGGGGUUUAAAUCAAGCUUAUGUUUUUUGUUUUUUUUUUUUUUGUAAGGCGCAGCCUCUCUAUUCCAUCUGUUUCCCAUCUUUUCUAUUUACUCUCAACUACAUACCACCGAAUAAAAGCAGAAG